GUGCUAGACAUUAAGAAGAAGCUGAAGCAGUCCAAAAGGUUCUGGUCCAACCUGCCAGAUGAGAUCUGUAUUAAAGACAAGUUGACCGAGUCAGAUGAAGAGCAGUGUUGGAACAGUCACGCCAAGGCCAGGUAUUUUCCUGAGGUGGUAAAGGACGGCCUCACCAACCAGCUGAACAACCCAGAGGUGGCGGUGGACAUCACUAGACCGGACACUCUGAUUCGCCAACAGAUCAUGACACUCAGAGUGAUGACCAACAAGCUGAGAAACGCCUACAACGGCAACGACAUCUUCUUUCAGGACUCCAGUGACGAGGGCAGCGGCAGCAGCAGUGGCUGUACAGAGGGAUGUACCACAGAGUUUGUGUUUGUGGGUCCAGAGGCCCCCGUGGUGGGAGCAGACAGGAGUGAUGAGCGAGCUUCUGCUGCAUCAGGCAGCACCCCACAUCCCUCCAGACCCUCUCCCCUGCUACUGACCCUCUCUCUCACAGCCCUGUCCUGGUCCAGGAGAUAAUACCAGCUGGCCCGAGAGGACACCAGGACAUUACCCCUGCUACUGACCCUCUCUCUCACAGCCCUGUCCUGGUCCAGGAGAUAAUACCAGCUGGCCCGAGAGGACACCAGGACAUUACCCCUGCUACUGACCCUCUCUCUCACAGCCCUGUCCUGGUCCAGGAGAUAAUACCAGCUGGCCCGAGAGGACACCAGGACAUUACUGCUACUCUGACUCUGGCACCAAUCAGACAGCCAGCCAGCCGGUCGUCAUACUAACUGUUAGUGUUCUCUAAACGGAACCAGAACAGGACAACCCUUUUGGAUCCCCACCAUGAAGAGAUAUGGUGACAGUAGUAUACUGUAGUAGACUGAGGAGUGUUGUGAGUGCUGCAUCCUGCUUUGUCCCCAAAGAUCUCUCUGUUCUAA